AUGGCCCUGCUCAAUCCUACUUUCGUAUUCGGCAUUCUAGUGCUCCUCUAUCUGUCGUCCUUCGUUCUCUUCGCCGUCAUCCGCAUAAUCACGGGCGUCUCGAUUCAGCGCAUUGGCUACUUUUCACUUCGUCGUGUCGCCUACACCCCCCGCGAUGGCAUCCGCAUCGACGUUCGAGGACUUGGCCUCAACGUCCACCGCCCGACCUUCGCCCAACCCACUUGGCUGAGCAUUGUUGUGAGCGAGCUCGUCGUCACCGUCAACGUUCAAGAGCUCGAGGGGAGCAAGGCAGCCGGCGCUGCGCCUGAAGAUGGCGAAUCCCACGCCGACGAAGCUGCGCCCAACCGGCCAGAGACUCCGAGGACUCCGAGGCCAUUGGGCCCUAUGCGCCGGGAUACUAACCUAGAUGGACGAAGCAAGACCUGGAAACGGUUGACAAGGGUGAAGGAACGCAUCAAGCGCCUGCAUCGGAGCGUCAACUGGCUUCGCAUGGUCGACGUCGUCGCCACCAAUUCAACCGUCAGCAUCGAGGGUGUGGGCAACGUGCAGAUGGGCAGUUUCACCAUGGCGGUAGAUACGAGGCGCAAGAUGGUGGAUCGUGCGCGCUUCUUCUUGCAGGGAAAAGGGGAGAAGAAGGGUCAGAAGCAGCAGGCCGAAUGGAUCGUCACCCUCCGAAGCGUGUUGUUUACCGCCGAGGGGGAAGAGUCGCUGGAGGUUCUCGACAGCGCCAGCCUGAAUAUUCAUGGUUACCUCUAUGAAGCGCUCGAUGGCCUUCGCGACACCUCUAUUUCUCUCAAGCUGGGCCGCGUGCACAUCCCCUACGAUCAUAUUCGCCAUAGCGUCGCUCAGUACAAAAACAUCAGAUCCCAGAGCGACAAAACCUUUGCCCAGUCUGAACCCGUCGACCUGCUUGUUGAUCGGGUGAUUCAGGAGUUCGACGCUCCAGGAAGCACCAAUCAUGAACUUAUGCAGACCGUGUCCGACUCGAAAGAACUUGCGAGCUCUAUUCUCAGGGGCAUCAAGGAGGUCCAGUUCGCCGUUAGCUCCAUUGGGCUCACCAAAAAGAUCGAGAGGGUCAAGCCCGGCGGCACUCCGGUUCUGUUGACGGCAUCCAUGAAGGAAGUCGGCAUAGAUCUCCAUCGACUGGAUCCAAAAUCAGCAGCGCACAGAAUGUAUUUCCCCUCUAAGGAUAUUGCCCAUGAGGCCUUGGCCGCUGCACUGUCCAUCUCCGUCGGCCUUGACGACGGGCACGGCAAGCCUGAGCGCAUAAUGUACAUUCCAAUGGCGACCACGACUGCCAAGACAACGCUGCCAUCCAAGACGGUUGAGCUCGCCGACGAAGGGACUGCCGAGCAGCGGAACGCCAACAUACUCUUUGCGAACUCGGUUGUCACCUCUCCCUCUGUCGACUUUGACCCUCGGCACCUCCCCCUCCUGUUGGCGAUGCUGCAGCGGAGACCAAAGCCGCCAAAGGCGCAGCAGCAACAACGGCAUAUGCUCAUUUCACGACUCCUCCCCAAAGCGAACAUCAAGUUCUCGAUGCACGAGCCUGUUGUGAGGAUAGCACUUCCCCCUGUCCAAAAGUCGGCCGACCCCGACGAGUUUGACUUGAUUAUAUCAUCUAUAUCGUCUGUCUCCCUAGACGUUGAAUCAUUCCAUUCGGCUGUCGAGGAGCUUCACUAUUCUCUAGCCGCUACCAUGCGGGUCCAGACGCACAGUUUGUAUUACCAGACCUCCGCCGGGAACCGCUUCGACCUGCUCGAGACGGAGACAUUCGACUUGAAAGUGCAGCUCAAUGCGUCGCCAGACUUGCACGUGGCCGUGACAGGCAACCUCCAGACCUUUACGCUCAAGAUGGUUAGGGACGAGAUCCGUGACGGCUUGCGCCAGAUAGUGAGGCAAUUACGGCUUAAUGUCGAGCCGGACAAACGCGCUGUUUCAAAGACGCCAAGGCACUCAAACUUCUUGCGCUCCUUACCCCCGUGGCUCUUGCAUUUCCAACUCCAUUGCUCAGAUUGCAGCAUCGAAGUUGCGGGCGUGGAUAAGGACAUAUCUGAGGACUUGAGAGGCGUUGCCAUUCAGCUGGAUUCGUGGUCAGCGGAGUAUCGCGCUCAAAGACUGGAUGGUUUGCAACGGCAGCCGUCCCGGCGCAGAGCCAGCAGCAGGGGGAUGAUGUCCCCCGAGGCAGAUCUACUGAGAGCCGUUCCAGUAUCGCCCAGGAAAAAGUAUUACAAUGAUGGCGACGGCCGUCGCUUAUCUAUUCAGGCCCGGGCGUUCGAGGUGUUCAUGGUUGAGUCGGAGGAAAAGUGCGAGUUUGAGCCAUUUGUGAGCGUUCCCAAAUUUGAGCUCGCGCUCUCGACCUUGAGCGACAACCAAGGCCCGGUGCUCCACGUCCACUCCUAUAUCCGGACCAUCCUAGUCCAAUACUCUCUCUAUCGACACUACGCUGCGACCGUGGCCGCUUCAUCACUGCGGAAAGCGUUCUUAAGGACCACCAGAGAGGCGGCCGAGCCGAUGACGCCCCCUAUGUCCCCACAGAGACGAAUCAUUGGCCACCUAUCACCACCAAGCGGCAGUACCCCUGAUUUUCCCCUAGGUAAUAUCGAUUUAUCGAGGGCUACUCCCGAGCUUGUCUCGGUCGAUUUCAGGGCCACUCUAGUCCAGAUCAAGGCGGACUUGCCUUCGGAUCCCCCGUUGAUGCUGCACAUCUACAACAUGGAAGCAGCACGCCAUCGAUGGUCCACCCCGUUCUUACACGCUAAGCUAAUCCGGCUAUACGCGGAAGCCCCUAGGAUGCGCAGAGUCUGGGCUAGGAUAGUCAGCGUCAAGAAUGCUAGGAUGGACUACCGAGAAUCUCGACGCAAGACUGCUGGCGGCGCACUUCAUGAAGAGAGGUUGUUUGACAUCGUUUUGGAUACCAUCCGCUUGGCCGUCCCUCAUGAAAUGGUCAUUUAUAAGAUCACAGACAACCUUGUCAAUACCGUCAAGUCUGUCAUUCAGCUUCACCACAGGUUCAAAACCGGCACGAAUGAGUACAUUCUUGACAAGGGCCCGGAGGGUCCGAGGAACGUUCCCAAGGUAUCGCUUCGCGCAAAGACGCUCCUUUUCGAGCUAGAAGAUGGCGCUUUCGAAUGGAAGCUCGGUGUGAUUUACCGGGCCGGGCUGGUGGAGAUGAUGCAGCGUCAGGCGCGCGAGGAAGCCUUCCGCGUCAAGGUCAAGAAAAUCCAUGAGGAAGAAUCGAAAAAGGGGCCUUCUAAAUUGCGGGCGCGAUCCGCUGCUCGCAUGCCUGAACCCCCGACACCGGGGGUCUCUCAUACUAGAAGCCGCAGCGCUGACGGCCUCCGGCGAGGGCCCGCUGAGGGGCAUUUCCGCAGUCGGGGACCUAGGUAUGACCCGGAAAGCGGCAGCCAAGGGAUCAGUGGGUACGCGCGCAUCUCUAUCGCCGAGGCAAGACACAAGCUAGACUUGCACAAUGCCAAGAGCUGGAAGCAUCGUAUUGACCGCCAAUACGCGCUGGCUAAGAACGGAAUGAAAGAUGUUUACUCCCAGUUCUGGGGGGUAAAUGAGAUGCCUGACGAUCUGGAGGACGGUGAAAGAAUCUUGGAGGUACCGCAGAGACCCGCCCUCAUGUCAACAAUCAUCAACGAUUUGCAAGUCACGAUCGACAAGCCCUCCUUCCCGUUGAGACAACUUCCAGACUUCCUACACAAGGUCGGGAAAGGUAUGCCGAGGGACAUGCAAUACGCUCUUCUCGUCCCCAUGAAUGUGCAAAUAAGCAUGGGCGAAGCCAGGAUAACACUUCGCGAUUAUCCCCUGCCGUUCUUGCACGUGCCAGCCACCAAACCAGACCAGCCAGUCCGACUUCCCGCCCUGUCUAUGUCGACGGACUUUGUGAUUGCCGAGGAAUAUCGCGGCCCAGAGUCUACUCGAAAGAUCAAGGUUCAGAUUGUGCCGCCACGGAACCUAGACCCGACGCUACCCAACGAGGGAAGCUUUGCAGUUGAUGUGCGUAGAACUAUCGGGCCUGUCAAGACUUUUUCGGACAUGACCAUCGACAUUCAUACCGCGAACCCAACCCGCAUUACUUGGGGCCCGUCAUAUCAGCCCGCGAUCCAAGACAUGAUGAUGGCCAUUGAGUCAAUGACAAAACCGCAGCUCGAUCCCUCUGAGAGGGUUGGGUUCUGGGAUAAGAUUCGCCUCAACUUCCACUCGCGCAUCCGGGUUGCUUGGCGUGGCGAUGGCGAUGUUCACCUUGCGCUCAAGGGCAGUCGGGAUCCUUAUCAGGUCACCGGGAACGGCGCGGGGUUCCUGAUGUGCUGGCGGAACGAUGUGAGAUUGAACGUGCACACCGACGAUGACCCGAAGCGUUUCAUGACUGUCGACAGCGGUGAGUAUGUCCUAGCGGUGCCCGACUACAGCCAUCAAGUCCGGGAAAGUCGCCGGCAACACGGUGAAGACGAGAGCAUCUCAAGCGAAAGCAGUCAAAGGUCUGGCGCAGAGUUCAAGAAGGUUGUCAUGAAGCUUUCAGGCAAGGUGCAGUGGCUGGCCGGGCUCGUCUUUGAGCGGGCGAUUGAGCAAGGUAACAGGAGUUUCGAGUUCAUCCCACACUACAAGGUAGUGCUCAAAGCUCCGCAAUAUGCCAAGACCCAAGGCGGACUCCCUUACGACGCUUUUCGCGGCUUUCGCAGCCAGCACAUCCAUCUGUCCGUGGCCGUCCGCGCGCCAGUCGAUCGGGAAUGGAAUGGGUCGAUCGUUGAACCCUCUCGCAGCUACAAUGCCGUUCAUCUAACACCUCGGCUCUUUACGCACUUUUUCGCCUGGUGGUCCCUCUUCUCUGGCCCGCUCUCCCUGCCCAUCAGGCAAGGCUCGCUCUGGCCCGGGCGAGAGAAAAACAGCAAAAAGUUCGGCAGACAUCUCGCUACCAUCAAAUACAACCUCUUGCUGGCGCCGCUAUACCUCAGCCACAUCUACAAGCACAAGGAUGCCGAGGACCCUGAGAACACGGUGUCGGCCACCGGGAUCAAGGUUCGGUUUGACAGCUGGAUCCUGGACUUGCAUCAAAGGCGCGAGGAGUUCAGCACCAGGGACCACGGCCUCAAGACUCAAAGCAAGACCAGUAGUAUGAAGAUUCAUGCCGGGCAGCUGGACCUUGUCUCGGCCGACGUCCGCGCGGUCUCUGCAAGCAUCCGUAACAGGACAGCGGACCCGAAGCAUUCGCCUUCGACUUUCAUGAUGGAUCAGGAAGGGAGCGGGAUUGACCUCUCCCGCUUUACGAUACCCGACAAUGACCUGACGUGGAUCGAUAUGGAUGAUUUUAUCGAGCUUGACUCGAUCCUACCGACCGAACCAAAUCCUGAUACCAAAAUCCUUCCUCUUGCAUUCGCCCCUCGCAUUACCUACUUCCGCCAAACAGAUAUAGGCGGCGUCAUCGACGGCGAUCCCGAUCGGACCAGUCCCUUUGGCAAGGAGCCUACUCACUUCUGCAUCAUGAGCGAGGACGACGAUCCUAGGAGGGUACAAAGUCAACUUAUCCGUCAGCGGCUGGAGCAGCUUGAAGAGCAAGUGGAGACACACAAGCGGAACCUGGGCGAGAUUGAGCUUCGCCUUAUCCGAGGCGAUCCCGCCCAGACAGAUCUUAAGGCUGGGUUCGACGCCUUGAAUCGACAGACGACAGUUCUUGUUGGAAAACGAGCAUUCUUAGAACGGAUGCUAGACGAGAUGACGCCGCGUUCUCCCACAGCCCCCGAGAAUGAUGAUGGACCCCCUCCAAAGCUGCAAGGGAGCAUGACGAGCCCGGCCGCUGCCGAGUUUGCGAGCGAUUUCAAGAACCGGUUCGUAAUCCACAACAUGCAGCUGAAAUGGAACAAUACACUACGGAACAUUAUCCUCCGCUACAUUCACCAGGUCGGUCAACGCCGAGGCUUCGUUUACUAUCUGUCUCGCCCUGCAGUGAAAUUCAUUCUAGAUCUAGUGGAGGAACAAACGAAGUCAAAGACGGCCACAACCCCCAUGGGAACCAGCAGCGGUCCGGAUAUAAACGGAGUGAACCGUGAGGCCCAGAGCGACAUUCAGGACAAAAUCCGCAGAAUCUUGCAGGAUAACAAGAAAUUUACCAGUGUGAAUGGCACUGGGGAUGCAGGGACACACACAUCCAUGGCCGAUCUGUCGAGCGGCAUCGCGGAUGACUUCACAACUCAGAACAGCUACCAUGUCCGCCUUAUUGCGCCGCAAAUCCAGCUACAGAGUGACAGAAACAAGAAGCACGUGGUUCUGACGACAUCCAAGGGCAUGGAACUCAAAGUGGUCGAUGUUCUCGACAAGAGCAGGAUGUCUGAUAACGUCAGUGGUCUUGUUCAGCGGCGAUUCCUUGUCAACAUGGACAGCACGCAGUUUUUCGUUACCCAUCAAAAGUGGUUUACGACGCAGAUGUUGUCCAUGUAUUCGGGGAAUACCUACGGCACCCCGUCUGGUUCUUCAUGGCCGCCUUGGGUUCCGAUGGAGAUCAUGUUCGACUUUCAAGCGGAUCCAUUCGGUUUCAAGCGCGUUGUGCAGAAGACAUCCGCAAUGCUUCGUUAUGACAAGUUCAACACGCUGCGGCUCAAGUAUAACGACGAGGUCAACACCAGUGAAGGUGGCGGUGUAGCCGUGGAGGGCGAGACCGAGCGGCGGACGGACAGUCUCUGGAUCGAGUUCCCGCAGGCGCAUGCUUUGUGCAACUCUUCGCAGUAUUACGCCAUCUACAUCAUUGUUGUUGAUCUCCUCAUGUAUAGUGAGCCCCUUGAAAAGACGCGGAACGAAAGGCUCGAAAAAAUCAUGCUGGCUUCGGAUUUCAGCGACCUGAGGGGCGCUCCGGAGAUGGUUACCAAACUUCAGGAGCGAGUCCGGCAGCUCGAAGAGAUCAAGAUGCAUUUCCAAACUCACUCCAGGCAGUUAGACAAGAAAGGGUGGGAAGACCGGAUGGUGCUGGAGCGUGAUUUGGCAGCAUGCGAGGACGAAUUGUUCUUCAUGAUGAAAGCCAUUACCUCCUCUCAGAGGAAGUUUGACAAUGCGAAUAGCACCACUCUCAUGAAGUGGAGCAUCAUGGCCAAGGAAAUCGUCUGGCAGCUCAUCCGGGACAACAACGAGCCCCUUGUUGAGCUGCAGCUCAAGAACGUGGAAUACGAUCGGACCGACAACUCGGAUGGGUCGCACAUCAACUUGAUCCAAGUGGGCAAGAUCCUAGGUUUGAACCUGCUCCCCGACGCCAUCUAUCCUGCAAUGGUGGCACCGUACAUCGAGAGUGACCAUGGUGGCUUCGACACGGGCUCGCAACCAAUGAUCCAGGUGUAUUGGAAUAUGCUCGAGGCCAUUGCUGGCAUCCCUGUCAUGGACCACUUCGAAGUAAACCUGUUCCCGCUAAAAAUUCAACUUGAGCGCGAGAUUGGAAAGAAACUCUUCGAGUACAUCUUCCCUGGUACGGGUGGUGAGAAAAGUUCCAGCGGCAUGGAGUCUCCAUCCAUGAAUAAGCAGUCCAUGGCAGGGGACGGAGAGGACGAAGAAGACAGCGAAUCGCUAGCCGAGUCGAUGCCUCGCCUUGUGACAGCAGAUCAAGAGCAGCUUGACGUGCCGUAUACGAAACGCGCGGGUUCUCUUGAAAUGCGCCUUCGCCCCACACUCACCUCGGAUCCUGACGAGGCUUCUAUCAAGGACCAAAAGGCCCUCAGCAUCCAUUCGGGCGAGGGCUCCUCCUUCCGUCUCUUCCGAGCGGGUACCGGAUUCAAGUCUGUGAGCAAGAAGCGGUCGGCCGAGUCCCUGCGUCUGAACACGCCGCGGCCUGGCAUUCUCAGGUCAGCUACCGGCUUCUCGUCAAACAAGGAUGCCGCUUCGGGCGAGUCUAGGAAGGGAUCCCGCUUUAUCUUGCGACACCGCUCCAACGAGAGCGAAAGGCACAAGCAAUCUGACGAUUUGACCAAGAUGAUCGACCGAGCCUCCAAUUACAUGACGUUUGCCUACAUCAGGAUGCCGUCCGUCGUUCUAUGUUUGAGCUACAAGGGCAAGGGCGACCGCAAUUUCGAGGAUGUGCACGACUUUGUCUUCCGGCUGCCGACAAUUGAGUACCGCAACAAGACGUGGUCCAACCUGGAUCUUGCCCUUGCGCUCAAAAGCCGAGUCAUCAAGGCCUUGAUAAGCCACACGGGGGCCAUCAUCGGGAACAAGUUCUCCAGACAUAGGCCGAACACGGCACAACAGUCGAAGCUGCGAGAACUAGCCACGAGUUCGAUACUGCUCGCAACGCCCACAGCAGCCGAGUCGCGGGACACCAGCGGUGACGACUCGUCUUCGGUAUACGACUUUUCACGCUCCCCGCCAGAAUCCAUCCGGCGUUCGCAGACCUCUAUCCCCGUCCCAUCCACCAGCAGGAGCUCUAGCAUCGCAUCCUCGCGUUCACAGCGAUCCAGCAACGUGUCUGUCCUCACGCAGCCCACAGGGGCGGUUCCCUCGUUUCUCAUGGCACCGCCUUCGCCGGCUACUACGGCGCCGCCCGAGACGCAGCACGGCCAGGGCCACAGAAGCGGCUUCAAUCUCUUGCGGCCCACAUCUAGCGGAUGGUCCAGGGCUUUUGGAGGCGGGGCGCAGAGUCAAGGGAACAACAAUGGCUCGUCUCCUCGACCAGGGAGCAGCAACGGGGUUGUGUCUGCUGCAGCGUCUUCUGCCGGGACGCCAAUCAGCAGCGCGCCCGGGGAUCAUCAUCAAGCUAGUCCUGAGCGCAGGAAGACGGGUGCGUUGCGUGACAGGAUCCAAGCUUUGGCGCACCGGUUGAAGGAUCGCGAGGGGACGGCGCUGCAUGUGGGUAGCGACGAGGGCGCGAGGGAUGAUGACACGGGGACUGGGCAACAAGAGCAGAGUGGCGGUGGGAAUGGGCUCCUCAGGAAGCCGAGUCGAAAGCUCCCGCUAACCGACAAGCUCAUCGACCGCCAGCGCGAUGCACUCUACAACUACACCCCCUCGUCGCAGACCGAGAUCUCGGCCAAGCGGCCGUGGGUCACUGAUCCGCACUACUUCAAGACGGUCCGGAUCAGUGCCGUGGCGCUCAUCAAGAUGGUCAUGCACGCGCGCUCGGGCGGGUCGCUCGAGGUAAUGGGCAUCAUGCAGGGCUACGUCGACGGCACGGCGCUGGUGGUGACGGACGCCUUCCGCCUGCCCGUCGAGGGCACCGAGACGCGCGUCAACGCCCAGGGCGACGCCGACGAGUACCUGGUGCAAUACCUGGCCCUGUGUCGCGACGAGUCGCGCCAGGAGAACGUCAUCGGCUGGUACCACUCGCACCCGGGCUACGGCUGCUGGCUGUCGGGCAUCGACGUCGCCACGCAGCAGCUGCAGCAGCUCCAGGGCCCCAUGGUCGCCAUCGUCAUCGACCCGGACCGCACCGUCAGCGCCAACAAGGUCGAGAUUGGCGCCUUCCGCACCUUCCCGCAGGACUACACCCCAUCUAACGCCACCACAUCCACAUCCACUUCAUCCUCAACAAACCAACAACAGCAGCAACAACAACAGCAAUCCGUCCCGCUCGCCAAGGCAGCCGACUUCGGCGCCCACGCCGCAAAGUACUACUCCCUCGAGGUGGAGCACUUCCGGUCCACGCUCGACUCCAAGCUGCUCGAGCUGCUGUGGAACAAGUACUGGGUGAGCACGCUGGCGCAGAACCCGUUGCUGGCCAACCGCGACUACGCGAGCAGCCAGAUGAGCGACCUGGCCCAUCGCAUCCAGGACGCUGCCGCCGGCGUGGGCGUGGCGCGGCACCACGCAGCUGCCGGAGGUGCUGUAGGAGGUGGUGCUGGAGGCGGGAAAUCAUCCAUGAUGAUGGGGCCGCUCGGUUCACAAAUAUUUGGCGGCGGGGGAAAUGGAGCUUCGGGCACGGCAGCGGUGGCCGGUGAUGAUGCAGGUGGAGGAGGGGUUGAGGGGAAGAGCGCGCAUGACCAGGUCAUUGACAAGCUCGUCCGCGACAUGAGCCAGGUUGCGGCCAAGGAGCGGGCUGGACUCAUGGCUGCCGAGGUGAAAGCGCAGGUUUUCAGCCGUGGGCGGGAGUGA